AGCGUCUCCACUCUGAUUGGUCCGCUCUUGUGCAACUGUGCAGUUGUAUAAACUGCAGUUUGAAGGAGUUCGCAGAGUCUGCUGCAGGGAUCGCAACAGUCUCAGUGGGGGGAAAAACUCUUCCGUGCGAGGGGAGGAAAAAAAAGACUAAACCGGUUUCUGCAGACUUGUCUUGCUAAGUGAUUUAGAGAUGCAGAGCUGCGCCAAGUCCUGGGGGAUCUUCUUGGCCAAGUCGGUGAAUCCCAGCGCACCGUGCAGGCAUCUAACUGACAAGAGCCGCGUGGUUUGGAAACUUCAGUGCAGGAUCCGAAACAGCGGUGCAUCCCUACCAACAGCAGCCCGGGGUCUGAGGACGUCUGCAGCCGUCUCCUCCAGACAGAUAGAAAGAAUAUUACCCAGACACGAUGAUUUUGCAGAGAGGCACAUUGGUCCAGGUGAGAGGGAGAAGAGAGAAAUGCUGGAUGCUUUGGGACUCGAGUCUAUCGACCAGUUGAUCGAAAACACCGUUCCAUCCUCCAUCCGUAUCCAGCGGAGUAUGAAAAUGGAUGACCCAAUAUGUGAGAGUGAGAUUCUGGACACUCUACAGAAGAUUGCAUCAAAGAAUAAAGUGUGGAGGUCCUACAUCGGCAUGGGCUACUACAGCUGCUUGGUACCACCGCCCAUCCAGCGUAAUCUCCUGGAGAAUUCAGGCUGGGUGACACAAUACACGCCCUACCAGCCCGAGGUCUCUCAGGGUCGCCUGGAGUCGCUCCUUAACUACCAGACCAUGAUCUGUGACCUCACCGGCAUGCCUAUGGCUAACGCCUCCCUGCUUGACGAGGGAACGGCUGCGGCCGAGGCCAUGCAGCUCUGCCACAGACAGAACAAAAGAAGAAACUUCUACAUUGACCCACGCUGCCAUCCCCAGACCAUUGCUGUAGUGCAGACCAGAGCCAACUACAUCGGGGUGAAAACCGUGCUGAAGCUUCCUCAUGAGAUGGACUUCAGUGGGAAUGAUGUGAGCGGUGUUCUCUUCCAGUAUCCGGACACUGAUGGCAAGGUGGAAGACUUCACAGCCCUCGUGGACUGGGCGCACAAGGGAGGGGCCCUGGCUUGCUGUGCUACAGAUCUGUUGGCCCUCUGUGUGCUGCGCCCUCCUGGGGAGUUUGGCGUCGAUAUCGCACUGGGCAGCUCCCAGAGGUUUGGGGUUCCUCUUUGCUACGGGGGUCCCCAUGCUGCCUUCUUCGCUGUUAAAGACAACCUGAUCCGGAUGAUGCCUGGCAGAAUGGUUGGAGUCACCAGGGAUGCAGCUGGUAAGGAGGUGUAUCGGCUUGCCUUGCAGACCAGAGAGCAGCACAUUCGCAGAGACAAAGCAACCAGCAACAUCUGCACGGCACAGGCUCUGCUGGCCAACAUGGCAGCUAUGUUCGCACUGUAUCAUGGUCCUCAGGGACUCAAACACAUCGCUGAGAGGACGCACAAUGCUGCUCUGAUCCUUGCUGAAGGUCUGAAGCGAGCAGGACACCGGCUGCACAGUGAGAUGUUCUUCGACACUCUAAAGAUUAACUGUAGCGUGGCAGCCAAAGACAUUGUUGAGAGAGCCGCGCAGAGGCAGAUAAACCUAAGAAUCUACACUGAAGGAGUGUUGGGUGUGUCUCUGGAUGAGAUGGUGACUGAGAGGGACUUGGAUGACUUGCUCUGGGUCUUUGGCUGUGAAUCUUCAGCUGAGCUGAUUGCUGAGAAGAUGGGUGAGCGGGUGAAGGGGAUCAUGGGAAGUCCAUUCAAGAGGACAAGCAAGUACCUCACGCACCAGGUCUUUAACAGUUACCACUCUGAAACCAACAUUGUGCGAUACAUGAAGCGCCUGGAGAACAAGGACAUCUCCCUAGUGCACAGCAUGAUACCACUGGGGUCCUGCACCAUGAAGCUUAACAGUUCUUCAGAGCUCAUGCCAAUCACCUGGAGGGAGUUUGCCAACAUCCACCCCUUUGUGCCUCUGGAUCAAGCUGAAGGCUACCAGAAGCUUUUCAGGCAGCUGGAGAGGGACCUCUGUGAGGUGACAGGCUACGAUAACAUCUCCUUCCAGCCAAACAGUGGUGCUCAGGGAGAAUACGCUGGCCUGGCUGCCAUAAAAGCCUACCUGAACUCAAAGGGAGAGAGCUCAAGAAGUGUCUGUCUCAUUCCCAAGUCAGCCCACGGCACCAACCCAGCGAGCGCUCAGAUGGCUGGCAUGAAGGUGCAGGUGGUGGAGGUGGACAAGGAUGGCAACAUUGACAUGGCACACCUCAAUGCGCUGGUGGAUAAACACAAGGCGAGUCUGGCAGCCAUGAUGGUCACCUACCCUUCCACCUUUGGCGUGUUUGAGGAGCAGAUCAGAGACGUAUGUGAUCUCAUUCACAAGAACGGAGGCCAGGUGUACCUGGAUGGCGCCAACAUGAACGCCCAGGUGGGUCUGUGUCGCCCUGGAGAUUAUGGCUCUGACGUGUCUCAUCUCAACCUGCACAAGACCUUCUGCAUCCCUCAUGGUGGGGGAGGACCUGGCAUGGGGCCGAUUGGAGUGAAGGCCCACCUCGCCCCCUUCCUGCCCAGCCAUCCGGUGGUUCCCAUGCAUUCGGGCAACACCAGCAACUCGCUGGGCACCAUCAGCGCCGCUCCCUGGGGCUCCAGCGCCAUCCUGCCAAUCUCCUGGGCUUACAUCAAGAUGAUGGGAGCCAAAGGACUGCGUCACGCUACAGAGGUGGCCAUCCUCAAUGCCAACUACAUGGCCAAGAGGCUGGAGGGUCACUAUAAGGUCCUAUUCAGGGGCAGGAAAGGAUUUGUAGCCCACGAGUUCAUUCUGGAUGUGAGGCCAUUCAAGAAGACUGCUAACAUUGAGGCUGUUGAUGUGGCCAAGAGGCUGCAGGAUUACGGUUUCCAUGCACCCACCAUGUCGUGGCCGGUGGCUGGUACCCUCAUGAUCGAGCCCACAGAGUCGGAGGACAAGGCCGAGAUGGACCGGUUCUGCGACGCCCUGCUAGGUAUCCGACAGGAGAUCGCAGACAUCGAGGAGGGAAGGAUGGACUCCCGCAUCAACCCGCUCAAGAUGGCCCCUCACUCUCUGGCCUGCAUCUCAUCCUCCAACUGGGACAGACCAUACUCCAGGGAGCACGCUGCUUUCCCCUUGCCCUUCAUUAGGCCAGAGACCAAAUUCUGGCCGAGCAUCUCCAGGAUCGACGACAUCUACGGCGACCAGCACCUGGUGUGCACCUGCCCGCCAAUGGAGGCCUACGAGUCUCCGUACGAGGAGAAGAGAGCUUCCUCAUAGAUGCUCCCUGUGGUCCAGUCCCAAUGUCUGCCUGAGCUCUAAAACCUGUUGCUCACUUUCUAACGGAAUAACUGCCUCUAUAUUAGAUGAUUUUAGACUUUCCCUGGUCAUCCCUGUUUUUAACAUUGGUUCCCUAUGAAUUGUGGGUACAUUUCCUUAAGCAGAAGUGUAUUAAGUUGGGGCUCAAAAAGUUUGCAAGAGAGCUCUUAAGCAGUUGUUGAUGUAACCGCCCCUGAGCUGACUUGUUACAAAUGAAUGUUCAAGUCUGAGGUGGACAUUGGGACCGGGCUUCAUCUCUGAUCGCACACUCUUCACAGGGGUCACAGGUUUUUUCCCUAUUCAAACUGUUCCAAUGGACCAAAAGUGCAACCUUUUGCUU